UGUUUGGUUGCAGCAAAAAGAAAAAAAGUAAUCAGCUAAAAGAACUGUUGUGGAGCUUGUUUGGUUGCAGCAAAAAUAAAAAAAGUAAUCAGCUAAAAGAACUGUUGUGGAGCUUGUUUGGUUGCAGCAAAAAGAAAAAAAGUAAUCAGCUAAAAGAACUGUUGUGGAGCUUGUUUGGUUGCAGCAAAAAGAAAAAAAGUAAUCAGCUAAAAGAACUGUUGUGGAGCUUGUUUGGUUGCAGCAAAAAUAAAAAAAGUAAUCAGCUAAAAGAACUGUUGUGGAGCUUGUUUGGUUGCAGCAAAAAGAAAAAAAGCAUUCGACGCCUGAGAGAUUCGAACUCUCGCGGGGAAACCCCAUGUACUUAGCAGGCACACGCCUUAACCACUCGGCCAAAGCGUCGUUGUUGUCAAGGUGGCUGAAAUGCAUCUAUUUGUAAGGAGUCACUACAUCCUUUUACUUAAACCCAAAUUCUAUUUUGCCUCUCCCGCGAAAAGUUGCCCGACACUCCGCAAAUCUGCGUCCUACCCUAAUGGACACCGGGGUCGGACGGACCCCUCCUGCUGCGGCGGCGGCGGACACCGGCGAUGAGCCACGGGACGCGCGUGUCGUGAAGGAAAUCUUGCGUUCGGUGGGGCUUGAGGAAGGGGAUUACGAGCCAGCGGUGGUCCACCAGUUCCUGAGGCUCGCCCACCGGUACGCCGGCGACGUGCUCGGCGACGCGCUGGCCUACGCGGAUCACGCCGGCAGGGCGUCGCUCCAAGAAGACGACGUCCACCUCGCCAUCCGCUCCAACGCCACGUUCGGCCACGAGCUGCCGGGGCGCGAGGUUUUUCUUGAAAUGGCUCAUAGCUGGAACAAAACCCCUAUACCCAAGCCCCCUCCCGGAUCAAUCUGUCUACCACAUGACCAAGACAUGAUGCUGGGACAAAAAUACUUGUGCAUUCCACAAAUGAAGCCACCGUCUGAUAAUGUUGAGGGAACCAAGAACGACAACACCGGUGAAAACUUCAAUCCUAAAGUUUGA